GCGGAACCUUGACGAGCUGCCGCGGAACGUCGGACUCGUGUCGGGGACGGACCGGAAGCGGCGUGAGGUUGUCGAAGUCCAUUCUGCACCUGGUCUUGUGUUGCUGUUUGUCGUCACUCAGAGAAGAUGUUUAGAAGUGCCUCAGUUCAGAUCUUCAGACAGCUGGUGAGACACCAGAGCUCAGACGCCAGCCUCAUCCUGGAACGAUCGAUGAACCGCGUGCAGCUCCUAGGACGAGUCGGUCAGGACCCGGUGAUGAGACAGGUGGACGGACGGAACCCCGUCACAAUCUUCUCCAUGGCAACCAACGAGAUGUGGCGCUCCGGAGACGGAGAGAUGAGCCAGACAGGUGACAUCAGCCAGAAGACGACGUGGCAUCGCGUGUCCGUCUUCAAACCUGGUCUGAGAGAAGUGGCGUACCAGUACGUCAAGAAAGGGUCGAGGAUCCUCGUGGAGGGAAAACUGGACUACGGAGAGUACGUGGACAAGAACCAAGUCAGACGUCAAGCCACCACCAUCAUCGCAGACAGCAUCAUUUUCCUGAGCGACAACAAAGCAGAAGGAAUGUGAGCGACGUUCCCAAACUUCCUUUUUUUUUUCUUUUUUUUUUUUGUAUUUUCUUUUUUUUGUAGAUAAGAUGAGACUUGAGGAUGUGUUUUGACCUGGAGGGAAGAAGAAGAAGAAGAAGAAGAAGAAGAAGAAGAGGAGCUGUCAUCAUGUUUGCUGCCUCCUGCUGGUGGAAAAGAAAACUGCGGGAGGAGCAAAAACAACUGUACAUAACAGUUAUGAAUAUAUAUAUAUAUAUUAACUCUUUUUGUGUGUGUGUGUGUGUGCACUUAAGUCUCAUGUUUAAAAGGAAUGAAAAUUGCUUAUAUUUGAAAUCACAAACAGUGUCGUUAUAGUUCCUGUAGUUCAUCAUGUUGGUGAAGGUGAAGAGUUCAGGUAUUGUUAAAUGAUAAUCAGUGUUUUGCUCAAAGCUGCAAAAAUAUCCUCUUUAUUUCUAGCAGUUGAAGUUAACUUCAUGUGUUAAAUAAAAGCUGACUGGAUUAUCUAAAAUAACACACACACAGAUGAAAACACAGGUUUUAUAUUUAAAACUGAGGACUUUGCACCGAGCGUUUGCAAUAAAUUUAACCAAAUGAUGUGUGAGCAGCUUCGGGUUUGACGGAGAACUUUGUUUUGAUGUUUAUUAGAGCUGAAAGUUGUCUUGUCUUAACUUGCUAACGUGCUUUUGACUUCCUGAAACUGACAGAUCCCUCUUUGCAAAAUUAGCUAAAACUCAUCCGUUGAUCUCAUUUACAAACCGUUUCCUUCAAGAAAUAAACGUAUGUAGUCGUGUAAUUUGCGGUGGAGGAGCCAGAUGUUUUUCUUGCAGGUAUUUUUUCGUGUUUUAAGGAGAGAAAAGUGCAAACUGAAACCAGGGUGUUGGAUUUAGAGGAAGCCGCCGACGUUAGAUCGAGUUUCAUUUGUCCUGCUUUUUCAUUUCCUGUUUAAUUCCACUGAAUUGAGUUGCAUUUUUUUUUUUUUCUCAUGUCUGUUUUUUAUUCGCUCUUAUUUCUGCCCUGUCACUGUCCUCGUCAGCUGUUAUCGCACUUAAAUCUGUUUGUCAUUUCCUUCCUCAACUGGCUGGUUGCUUUGAGGUUAACAUCUGAUGGUUAAUUCCUCUGUAGAAGUUGCCAUAAUAGACUCUUAUUUUUCCCACAAAAUAAAAAUAAAAAAGCUAAACACUC